CGCUGGGUCGAAUCGUUACCAAUAUUUGACGUUUAUGUAAUCGCCUCCAGCCACGUGCGGAUCCGUGUCAAUCGUUCGGUAAACGCGGAUAAGUCGAGAGAUAAGUGGCUCGACUGGAAGCGGUUAAUCGAAUUAUGUUUGUCUCUGUUUUGGUGAUUAGCCGGUCGGAGGCGCCUUAUAAAGCGACAAUGAAAAUAAACGCUUAAUUAGUGCAUCGAUCGUAGCUGGCCACCCAUCGACGUCGAUCUCUCUCGGUUUUGUUACGCGAAUCAUUUCCGGGGGAAUCGCAUCCUUUGAGAAUUUCGAAAGACACGGAUUCGAUCGGAUGGGACGGAAAUCAUUUUGACUGGGGUAAUUCUUAAUAUUCGGCAAAUAGGUACCUUCACGACUCGAGAGGGAAACUCGAAGCACGAGUCUUGAACUCGGAAAUUGUUUGUCGAAGUGACUCGCGACACUCCAGGUUAUCGCGGCUCUCUAAAUACUCGGCGCCAGUUUUUUUCUUCUUUUUCUCGAAAAGCAAGUAAUCGUCGCCGAUCGGCUCGGUGACCCAGGGCACGCAGAAAUCACGAGCACGCCGAUUCGUAAAUAUAGGACGCCCGCCAUUCCACCGGAUUCAACCCGACCGAGAUAAAGUAGCAGACUGACUGUCUAACGAGGCUCAAAUCGUUCUUCCCGUGUUUAUCAGCCGACUCGUGGGGGCUCCCCCAAAUUCAAAUUUGGAACAAGAAGCUCUAAAAAAAAAUGUUAAAAUCCAAGGGAGUCGCGGAGAAGGCGAAAUGUCGAAAGUUGCGAAGAGCCGAAGCUUCGGGGGCAGAAACUGGUGAAAUUUUCAGCUUGGUCUCGAGAUUACGACCACGUGGUUCCACGUUAGGCCGGAGGUACUAAAACGACACCGUGGAAAUUUGCGACAAUGGCGGCCUCAACUCUUCUGGGAACGAUAAACCCUUGGUAGUCUUUGCCCCGGAGUGCGAGAACUCAUUAACCGUUCGCAGAGUGGGGACUAGCCUCGAGAUGGUGAACACCGUUUUGGUCCAUUCGGCGGUAGUCCGGUAUUCGAUCGAGAGCUGAUCGCUUCCGAAGCCAUCGCGGUAUUUUCGGACAUCGAGAACAGUGUUUUCGAGAUCUCGAUCCGGGACCGAAUCCGAGGACCCUCCUCCCGACGUCCAUGGACGUCCCCAGGGCUUCCCUCGACAUUUGCCGAACGAGAAGCCCCUGGGAUCUCCGAGUCCUCCGAUAGCGUGAGUAUCUCCCACGAAUUGGAAUUUUCCCAAUCGAAUGAGUCGAAGAUCUCCAAGGGGGACUUCCGACUAAAGAAACUCGCAACGUCUAGGAUCAAACAGAAAGCCUAACGAGUGGGUACCGAGGGGAGAUUUGUGAAUCCGGCACUGGGUACAGUGUUUACAUAUUUAUGCGAAUUUAGGACGACGCGAAAGUAGUUCCAGCUCAAUCGGAAUAAAUCGUAUUAUCGGUUCAAAAUCGAGACCUUCGAUUCGAUACCCGAACUGGGGUUGAUAUAAAACUAAAUAAAUUUACCAUAAAUCUCAAUCCCCGUCGUUGGGUAAAGAGUGAAGUGCGAUGAUCCGGUUUGAAGUGCAGAACGAGAUAAUCGCUGCAGACUGGCACGCUUUGUUAUUCGUUACGUCCCGGCACAUCAAUCGAGGAGUAAACAGAUGAAUCCGUAGUAAACUGAGGAAAACUCUGGGAAAGCGUUGUCCGGGUCGGGAAAAUUUUCGGAUCCCGAGAGACCUCAACGGAGAAAAUCGCAAGAUAAUGUUCAGGACGACAGUCGAGAUUCUAUUCUCCAGUCGAUGAUAGUUUCGAUUCGCUGAACGAGAUGCAGGCCAUAGUGACCGUUUACGUGCUCGCCCUGAUCGCCGGGAAUAUUCUGUGUUCCGCUCAUCCUGCACGAAGACCAGUGUGCGAGGGUUGCGGCGACGAGUGCGACAAAUGCGAAUUCGGCGUUACCAAGUCCGCCCUCUGCGGCAUCUCGGAAUGUCGGAAGGGUCCAGGAGAAGUCUGCGGGGGGCCCAGCAACUCCUGGGGCAUCUGCGGGGACGGACUGAUCUGCAGCUGCAACAGAUGCGCCGGAUGCAGCAUCGACUCUCUGGUGUGCUUCACGAACAUGACUUGCCUGCCUCAUCAGAGCCUCGAGUCCCGACACAUGGAUUUCCUGAAUCGACUCGCCUUCAAGUAAACUGAAGAGACGCAAGUCGACUCCGCGCCUGCAUUCCUAUUUAUUCCAUUCCAUGAAGAGAUCUCACUAGGUAGCCGAUCAAAUAAUUGUGACCCUAAGUCGCUCAUAUUAUUUUCCUUUUUAUAUUACCGCCGCUAGGUAAAUUAUUCGUUAGUUAAGUCGCUUCGAGCACUCCGCGUGUUUGGCUGUGAGUCGCAUCGUUUCCCCCCCUUUCAUUUUUCUACCCAUUAAAUCGCGUAACCUUAAUUUCCUCUCCAAAUCACGAGCAAUCGGAGGCUGAGUGUGUAGUGCGAGGUAAGCGAGGGAAGUUCCGGUUUUUAUUUUUUUUUUAUUUUAUUUGAUACGACUCGACGUAGAAACCGCAAAUUCGAUGGGCUGAAAAUCAGAAUUCUGGUUAAUAUAGGGACGAGUGAAUUUUACGUUUGCUCGAUGUUGGUUCGAGGUUGACCUUUCCUCGAGACAUGUUCUUGGGUAUCCUUGGAAUCUUUUAACACUGAAUUUGUGGAGUCGAAUUGAGAUGAUUCGCCGUCUCGUUGUCGGUGGGGAAGAUCAGGAGGUAGACAUAGCCUGUAAUUGCGAGAAUCUGCGAUGUAUUAGACGUAGACGAUUCAGUAUUCCGCGGACCAGAGGGUCCUUUUAACGUCCCGUGUACUUCCUCCCUUGUGAUUAGCAUGUUUAAGUCCUAGUCAACCAGUAUGCAUUUUUUAUCGACGCUUGAAAGAUCUCUCGGCCAGGCGAUAGUCGUGCGACCGUUUUUCGUUUAAGUAUUCACGAUGCGCUAUUGUGUGACCCAUGCCGAUCAAUCGAAAGAAAUAAAUCUUGAGAUAAGAACAGUGGAUCCUUAAAAAAAUCUUCGAUUAAUCCCCCGCCCCGAUUCCAAGAGGAUAACGAUAUUAAAAUUCGUUUAUAGCGAUGCAUCUUCUCGAGUUGGCCGACUAACAAAUGAUUCGUUUGCCUUUAAAUCGCCCGGUGCUGCUAUCGAGCAAUUUAAUGAACAAGCUCGGAUAAAGGAUUCCUUUUAGCUCGAUCGGAAUUGCAGUGCGCGCGUUUAGCGUUGUUACCCACUCGCUGGAAUUUAAAUUAGUACUCGAUAGUUUACGCAAUCAGCAGUUGAUAAUGGCCGAGCAUCCGACAAAUCUGGAACAAGGUUUGAAUAGUUUUACUUGACAAAAGACACCGUGCCGCGCCAAGAAACUGAAAUACCCGCAAGUGCGAUUGCUCAAACGACGUAUUUGAACGUUCAGAUUUCAAGACCGGUCAAUUUUGGGGAGCGAAGGGUUAUGCCCUCAGGAAAUCACCUAAUCGUUGCCACAAUUUUAAGGCCGACCGUCCCUUGUUACCGAAUCGCAUUUUUUUUUAUCGUACGAUAUCAACGGCAAUAGGUUUUCAAGGAAGG